AUGAAUAUCAAUAAAAAUCAUCCGAAUACAGUUAAUUUAAAUCAAUUAAUCACUAACAUUCCGAUACGAAGAAAAAUCGUCGAUCAAAAUGAUCGAGAUAAAUUCGAAUGGAAUCAAUGGCAAAGUGCUACCAAAGCAGUUAAUAAUAUUGAAGCGGCACCAAAAGAAAAACAUAUUCGAAAUCUUAUCCUUGGUACAUUUCGAUUGGAAGGUUCUCGUUUGUUUUGGUCAAUGAUGAUUAGAGUCAAUAUUGGUUCACAUCCAGUUACUUCAUGGAAAUUUUGCUAUGUUAUUCAUCGACUUUUAAGAGACGGGCAUAAACAUGUUAUUCAAGAUUCGAUUGUAUUAGCAAUUUAUUUCGAUCAGUUAAGUCAAUUUUGGAGUGGUGUACAACAAGGUUAUGGUCUACUUUCAUAUCGUUAUUGUAAUUUAUUAAUAUCAAAAUUUAAAUUUCAUGAACGAAAUCCAAUAUUUGCAGGAAAUUUAACAAUUAAUGAACAAAAUAAUGAUAUUCGACGAAUAUUUGACGAUAAUUUUAAUUUGUAUUUUCAAUUAUGUAUUGAAUUAUUUGAUUAUAUGGAAGAAAUCUUAAAUCUUGUUCAAGUUAUAUUUACUUCACUCGAUCAAUCACGUUUAAAUUCAAUGACAGCAGCUGGUCAAUGUCGUCUUAAUCCAAUUAUUAUUUGUAUACAAGAUUCAAGUCUUCUUUAUGAUUAUAUUGUCAAAGUUCUGUUUAAAUUGCAUGAAGGUUUAUCUAGUGACAUAUUACAAGAUCGUAGAAGAAGAUUAGCUGAUCAAUUUCGUAGAUUAAAACGUUUCUAUGGUCAAUCAUCAACAUUACAAUAUUUUAAAAGUCUUAUUAAAAUUCCUAUGUUACCUGAAAAUCCUCCAGAUUUCAAUGCCAAAGAAGAUUUAACAAAUUAUCAAGCUCCUGUUGCUAUUGUCAAUACAUCAGCAUCUGAUUCAUCGUCAGUGAUUGAAGAUCUUCUUAUUGAUAUAUCCGAUAAUACUAAAUCAACAGCAACAACUACAGUCACUGAUGGUUUAUUCGAUAGCGCAACUAUAUCUAAUCGAUCACAAAACAUGCCGGAUUUUGAACAAAGAUUCAUCCAGGUAAAUACUAUGCUGGAUCAAACUCGUUCUGAAACUGAUGAUUUACAUCGAACUAUUGCUGCUAAAGAUGCGGAAUUAAUGGAUGAAAGAAAUCAUCGGUUACGAAUCGAAGAACAACUUCGUCAGCAAUUGUCAAGUCAAAAAUCUAUCGAAGAAAUUCAUGCACUCGAUAAUAAAACAAGUGCGAAUGAAAAAUUUGACAAAUUACUAGAGACGUACAAUCAAUUACGCGAAGAGCAUUUCGUUGUAUUACGUCGAGAAAAUGAAAGUAAAAAGGAAUUAACUGAUUUUAAUCAACAAUUCACAAAAUUAAAAGAAGACUCUACCAAAAAAGAGAAUGAAUUCAAUCAAAACUAUGAAAAAUUGAAUAAUGAAAUUUUUCAAUUACGUCAAACAAAUGAUGAAUUACAAGAUAGAAUUCAAAUACUCACAACUGAACGUAAUGAUUUUCAAUCCAUAACAAUAAAAACUAAUGAACGCAUAAGAGAAAUAGAACAUGCUAAACAAAGUUUUGAGGAACGUUUAAAAGAAUUAGAAGACGAUAAAUCACGUCUACAUAGUGAUAAAUUUACUUUUGAACAAAAGCUAAAAGACGCCGAAGGAGAACGAAGUGGUUUAUUUCAUCGAAAUCGAGAACAAGAAGAAAAUCUUAUUGAUUUAAUACAUGAGAGAGAGGUUCUUGAACAAAAAGUUAUCGAUUUAGAAGAAACAAUACGUGAAUGGGCACAAAAAUUUAUUGAUAUAUCCGAUAAACAAAAAUUAAUGCAAGCUAAUCAUGAAAAUCUUUUGAAAAAUUUAAAACGACAAUAUAAAUAUUCUAUUUUAACAUAUUGCAUCAAUCAAAUGCAUGAUGGUAUCGAUCAAACGAACGAUAUCGACUUAUUUAAUUCUAAACGAAGUAAAGAAUAUCUUCUAUCGCAAUUACAAAUAGCUGCUACACGUACAAAAACAAUUCACGAUCUGUGGCAACGGCAAAAGGAUUCCGAUGAAAGUGAUACCAUUUCAUUCUUAAAUGAGUGCAUCGCAUUAGCAAACACUAUGGCUGAUAUCAUUUUACAUGGAAAAGCAAUAGCAAAUCUUGUUCAAGAUAUUAAUUAUCGUGAUGUAGUAUUAUAUUGUAUUGAUCUUUAUACCAAUUAUCAAACAUUAUCAACGCCAAAUGAUAUCGAUCAACAAUCGGAUCAAUUACUUCAUCGUUUGAGUUCAUUAAUUGAAAAACUAAAAACAGUUUCCGUAUAA